AGAUUGAUAUUUACGUGAUUCGAAGGUUGUCAACCGAUGUUUGAGAUAUUGUUUUAUAUUCCCCUUUCGAGUUAAUUGUAAAUACCCUUGGCGUAUUAUUUUGUUUGAUUUUCACCGUAUCUGGUCGAUUUACAUUGUGAUGUAACCGAAUCUGACCUUCUGCAAUCUAAACAAACACCCCCCUUUCUAAUUUGCUACACCUUUUGCAGUAAUUUGCGUCAGGAUAGUUUUCAACUAUAUAUUGAUAGAUAUUUGUCUAUUCUAAGUAAUUUUGUAUAAUGAAAUAUCUAUCUGUAAAUAACAAACUAAGAUAAGCAAUGCUUACUCGAAUAAUCUCGAUCCUUACCAUAUUAUCAACGGUCAUAGCGUUUAAUGCCAACUCCAACUCCAAUGUCGCCGCUUACUGGGGUCAGAAUGCUGGAGGUUCCCAACUGUCUUUGGGCUCAUACUGCUCUUCCUCGGCAGCUGAUAUAAUUAUAUUAUCUUUCAUGAAUGGGUUUCCAAAUCUCGAACUUAACUUUGCUAAUCAAUGUAGCGAUACUUAUGGCGAUGGUUUAUUGCAUUGUUCGCAAAUUGGUUCUGAUAUUAAAUCUUGUCAAAGUCAGGGGAAGAUUGUGUUGCUUUCCUUAGGUGGUGCAACCGGAAACUAUGGUUUCUCUUCUGAUUCAGAUGCACAAUCAUUUGCAACCACAUUGUGGAAUAAGUUUGGUGGUGGAAGUGACAGCGAAAGACCAUUUGAUGAUGCUGUUAUAGACGGGUUUGACUUUGAUAUGGAGAACAAACUACAAACCGGGUAUGCUGCAAUGGCUGCUAAACUAAGACAAUAUUUCAACUCUGAUUCUUCAAAAUCUUACUACUUAUCAGCUGCUCCACAAUGUCCCUACCCUGAUGAAUCUGUUGGUGAUAUUUUAUCUCAAGUCGACAUUGAUUUUGCAUUUAUUCAAUUCUAUAACAACUACUGUUCUUUGGGUGGGAGCUUUAACUGGGACACUUGGAGUCUGUAUGCCAAGUCCACUUCGCCAAAUAAGAACAUAAAGUUAUAUCUUGGUUUACCAGGGUCAACUGCUUCUGCUGGUUCAGGGUACGCUGAUUUAAGUACAGUACAACAAGCUGUCUCCAGUAUUAAAGGUGAUCCAUCAUUUGGUGGUAUUUCUAUUUGGGAUAUUUCUUCAGGUGAAAACGAUGGAUUCCUUAGUGGAUGUAAGAAUGCUUUAGGUUCAAGCAGCGGUGGAAGUGCUCCAUCGUAUAGUGCACCCGCAUUUAGUGCACCUUCAACUGUUGUACCAGCAAGCAGUGCAUCACCUUCUGCAGAGUUUGGAUAUCCUGCACCAGCACCAAGUUCCGAGGCUCCGGCUUCUCAAGAACCAAGUACAUCUUCCUUCCAAUGGAUACCCGCCGAUGCACCUGCAACUACAGAAUCAGAUGAAGGAACUACUACAGUUACCACUUUACAAACACUUUAUUCCACUUCAGACACACCAAGACAUCAACAUGUUGUCCAUAAAGUCUAUGUCACUUUAACAACAACUGUUUUGGUACCACCACCAACCAAUACCCCUCAACUAGGAGAUAGCCCAAUACAAAAAAGAGAUGAAGUUGCCACGGUUUCACAAGGUGGUGCUACUCAUUUAACCACCCGUUUGGGACUUGUAUUAUUCAGUUUAAUCUCUGUAUUAUUUAUUUAGAUAUUUUUAGAUGUUAAGUAACAAUGUGAUGAUUUAAAGACUUUUAGACCAACUAUGUCAUAACAACAUGUCUAACCAAGCCGCCCAAUUACGGUAAU